CGCGGCUCGCGGCGCACGGUCGACGUCGGUCGAGGAGCGGGUUUUCCAAAACCCGCGCCGCCGUCAUGUCGACCCUCGCGGCGACGAAGGCCGAUGGCUUCUACUACCCGCCGGACUGGACCCCCGAGGGCGGGUCCGAGUCGCUCAGAAGACAGUUCAACAAGCACGGCAGCCUCGGCAAGCGCGCGAACAAGAUCGACAAGGGCAUCCUCACGAUCCGAUUCGAGAUGCCCUUCAACGUCCGAUGCCGCGGCUGCGACGCCACCAUCGCGCGCGGCGUGCGAUUCAACGCGGAGAAGAAGACCAUCGGGAAGUACCACUCGAUACCGAUACACUCGUUCAAGAUGCUCACGUCGUGCUGCGCGCACGCGCUCGAGAUCCACACGGACCCGAAAGCGAGCGAGUACGUCGUCGUCGAGGGCGCGGACCGAAUGGUCGGCGGCGCCGGCGCGGCGACGCGAUACGGCGACGACGCGCGACCAGGAUUAGACCUCGACGGCACGAUCGAGGUCGAGCUUCAGACGCGCGAGGAACGGGACGCGCUCGCGGCGGAUCCGUUCGCGAUGCUCGAGAGGGGCGCGGCGACGGGCGGGGAGCAGCGCGCGAAAGCGGCGGCGCCGAGCAUACGCGCGCUGCACGCGACGAGCGACGACCGAUGGGGCGACCACUACGCCGUGAACAAAGCGCUGCGACGCGCGAUGCGCGGGCAGCGGAAAGAGAUCGCCGCGAACGAGGCGGAAGCGAAGCGCUUAGGGUUACCGGAGGGGAUGACGCUGCUGCCGAACACGGAGGAGGAUCAAACGCUCGCGCGGGAGGCGUUUCGAGGGAAAGAUAGCGAGGGCAUGGACGUGUUCGAUCGCAACCGAGCGAAGAGUCGGAGCGCGAUCGCGCGCUCGAGUAUUUUCAGCGCGCCGGGGGCGGCGAAGAAAUCGACCGCUUUCACUUCGGUAGGCGUUUCUAAAGUGUCUAAACGCGCGAACGCCGCCGCCGCCGCGGGCGCGUUCGCGGGGAUAUUCAGCGGCGGCGGCGGCGUGGGGGGGGCGGCGGCGGCGGCGGCGCGGCGCGAAGGCGCGAAGGCGUCCAGCGCGGACGGCCGAGCGAAGCGGCUCGCGGCGCGGCGCUCGGAGUCGUCAAAGGGCGGCGGCGCGGUGUUUCAAAGGCGACGAUGA